AUGGAACUGCUUGUAUAUGGAACUGCUUGUAUCUGGCUCCGUCUCCUCCCUCAACGACGCUGUCUGCCCGGACGCGGGGUGCUGCUCCGACCUGGCAUUCGGGUCCCGUCUGCAGAGCCGCUGGGACGGUGUAUCUUUUUUUUUUACAGUGACGUCAUCCCGUCCUCAGAUGCCCUGCGGUUCUUCACGGACGCAGCCCCGUCCGUGGGUUUUGGGGGUCUCUUCCAGGUCCAGUGGUUCGCCGGGCCCUGGCCCGACGCCUUCCCUCAAAGCAUCUCCUCCGCGCUCCCGAUAACCUUCCAAUGUCAUCCCCCACUCCUUCGGAUAGGCGCCGCCACGCGCGCCGCGUCCCUUGGGCUCCCCUAUUCCGCCCUCCAGCAGCUGGGCCGCUGGUCAUCAUCGGCCCUCUCCUCAUACAUCAGGCCUGACACUUCGACCAUCCUGGCAGCCCAGCGCCUCUUUGCAUCUCCAUAA